AGCAAAGAUGCAAGACCUUGGACAGGACCAUCACUAUCAAUACUUCUUCGAGAUCUACGUCACAUACAGAACAGUAAGGAGAGAUCUGCUAAACUCUUUGAAUGGUUAAUAGCACCUGUUGCUCCAAAAAAGUUUUUCAGCGACAUUUGGGAAAAGACCCCAGCUUUGAUUAGGCGUCACAAUGGCAACUACUACAAAGGAUUAUUUUCCUCAGAAGAUUUUGACAGAAUUCUGAGAGAGGACCAUGUUAAUUUUGGAGUAAACCUUGAUGUAACAAGUUACUUUGAUGGGGAAAAAGAAACACAUACUCCUACUGGCAGGGCGUUACCUGUAGUGGUAUGGGACUUUUACAAGAAUGGAUGUUCUUUGCGGCUGCUGAAUCCUCAAGCCUUUUCCGGCACUGUUUGGAAUAUACUGUCUAUUCUUCAGGAGUCUUUUGGGAGCAUGGUUGGGGCUAAUGUUUAUCUGACUCCUCCUGGGAACCAGGGAUUUGCACCACAUUAUGAUGACAUUGAGGCAUUUGUGAUUCAGCUGGAAGGUAAAAAGUGCUGGCGUGUCUAUGACCCUAGAUCAAAUGAAGAAGUUCUUCCAAGUAAUUCAAGCCGUAACUUUACUCAGCAGGAAAUGGGCACUCCUAUUAUGGAUACUGUACUUGAAGCUGGGGAUAUGUUGUACUUUCCAAGAGGCUUUAUCCAUCAAGCGUCCUGCUUAUCUGAAAUACACUCUCUCCACAUCACCCUGUCAACUUACCAGAGGAACUCUUGGGGAGAUCUGCUACAUAAACUUUUUCCUGGUGCCUUGGACUUGGCUAUAGAAGAUGAUGUAGAAUUCCGUGAGGGUUUGCCUCUUGAUUACCUGGAGUAUAUGGGAGUUCAGAAUUCUGAAAGGGAGGAUGACCCACGGAGGGACUCAUUUAAUAAAAAGAUUUAUAAUCUAAUGAGGAAGUUACUCAAAUAUGCACCAAUUGAUGCAGCUGUUGAUCAGAAAGCCAAAGAUUAUAUUCAUGACUGCUUACCCCCUGUACUGACAAAAGAGGAACUAGCGUGCACUGUAUACAGUGCACCAGCCCGAUGGAGAGAUGGUGGGCCACGCAAUGUUGUUCUACAAAUCCGAGGAAGUACCCGGAUACGAAUGCUUCGCAGUAAUGUUGCCAGAUUAUGUGGUGAGAAUGGCAGCAUAUUGCUGUACUACACGAUAGAAAAUUCCAGAGACUACCACAAGGAGGAUGAAAAAUGCAUAGAAAUUGAUCCAGAGCUUGCUGAUGGGGUGGAGCUGUUGCUUUGCUCAUACCCGCAAUAUAUAAAGGUUGAUAGUCUUCCAGCUGGAAGUCUGGAUGACAAGGUAUGACAUUUCUCAAGUAUGGUAGAGUUCAAAUCUAGAAAUUAUUUGCUUGCAUGAUCUGUGCUAAGGUCUCUGAUUUAAACUGAGAUGACUCCACCUGCGUUGGAAUAAGGAUUUGAGUUGGGAUUUACGUAGAAUUACAUUGAGCUAUUUCUGUCUUAUAUAUUCAAUCAGUCAGGCCAAUGUUUAUAGUUUACUUGAGCAUCCUCUCAGCCUUCCUCAGUGUAAUCCUCUUCUCUUUCAUU